AUGGUCCGAUUGUCUGCUCAUCUCGGUUUGCUGCAGAUUCCCAACCUCAGUAUCCGUACGAGACUCUCCACCAUGUCCCAUCGACAUGCAGACCACGCCCACACCGCAGCCUCUGCUGCGAACCCAAACAAUUCGACUGCUCAGGACAUAGAUCAGGUCGCCGCAUGGUUCCAGAAGUUUGCACCCUUCGUAUACGACACAAGUGCCAGCACCAGGAGUAACUUUGAUUGUCUCGCCUCACAGCGCAACUGGGGCGAUAAGCUUCGAAGGAAGCAGUGGACCAGUUUGCAGGCGGCCUCAGCGGCGCCAAACCAUACUGACGCGGAUGCUAAUGCUCAUACCGAUACCCCAAACCAGGGCGGCGCAUGGUUCCAGCAAUUCGAAAAUUUCGUACACGAUCCAACGGUCGGAAUCAGGAGCAAUUUCGAGCGUCUAGCAGCACAACGCAGCUGGGGCAGCAGACUGAAACAGAGGCGUUGGGCUGAAUGCCAGGAGGAGGAAUUCGGCUAUGCAUAUGGAACGAAUACAACAAAGCUAGAGAGCUGGCAGAAGCUCUGUCAGGGAGGCGUCUCCAUUGCACCUGAAGCUGUGACAACUGCUUCUGCUUCCUCGAGCGACCGUAGCACUCCUCCUCCAAGCGACGACGGUUCCUCUGAUGAAUUUCGUGACUAUUUCUCGCAAGAAAAGUUUAAUGGAUUUGUCCCAGAUCCCGAGGACGAUCUCAUAGCGAAACUCAGCAAGCUUUCGAUCCACCAAGGUUGGUCCAAGAGCGAGGCGAAGCGUCGUCGCGCGGAGGUCGUUGAGUUCGAGGUGUCUCGACACUACGGCCAUGACAAGUCAAAGCUGGAAAAUUGGCAGAAGCUGUGUCGUGAUGUCAAGAUCGAACCUGCUCUUUCACGCGUCUAUGUCAACAUCUUCAACAUCCUGGACCAUCUAGACAACCCCGAGCGCUACGAUGUCGUUGUCUUCAAGAACUACAAGCUCUUCCGUGCAUAUACGCUGAAGAGCCGCAUCUUCCCUCUGGAUCUGGCUAAGGAGGACGGGUUUGUCAAGGCUCUGCUUCGCCCGCUCUACAUGAGGAGGAAGUAG